GGCGGUCAACAGCGGUCAAGCAAUCAGCUGUGUUGUGCGAUUCAAUUUGGGCAUUAGUAGUUACGACAACAAUAAAUCGCAAUUGAGAAGGAUGAGUGAGGCCGGCACCAACGCGGAUGCAGUGGCGGCCGAGAAGGAGCGCAAGUUCCGCAUCCAGGCCGCCGCCUUUCUGGGUUUGGUGGGCGGAGUGUCCGCUCUGUUCGGCUUCUCGCGCACGCUGGCCACCGCUAAGAAGACGGAUAGCAAGGUCCUACAGCAGGCUGGAACGCGGCAAGGCAUGAUCCUGAUGGACGAGGGCGCCACCCUGGCCCUGCGGGCACUGGGCUGGGGCACACUGUACGCCGUGAUGGGCACCGGUGCCUUCUGCUACGGCUUCUGGAAGCUAUCCGGAGCCAAGGAUUUCCAGGAGUUCCGCCUUAAGAUGGGCCAUGCACUGCCAAGGAUUACCAAGGACGAACCACCAGCCAGCCGCACCGAUUUCGAGAGUCUCACGGACCUCAUGAAAUACCUGGCAGCCUGGAACAAGGAAUAAGCAGCUCACAAAUAACACACAAUUUAAAGUAAACCUAACGCCUAAGUAGACCAGAACAUAAAACUAAACCUUUGUUAACUUCAGUUUACAUUCAGCCAAUGUUUUCAAGGCGCUUGACCGGUUUUCAUUUCUUUCUGUCAGAUUUAAAGGCAGUCGUCAUAAGAAGUGCAACUUAUGGAGUUAUAUAUUAGGGUAGGAAUAAAUAUAAGCCAAAAGCAAACUGUCUUACAA